CUUUCUUAAUAUUUCUUUCUAUUUUUAGUGAUUAGAAGUAUAUAUGUUUAGUAAAAUGCAAAUUAAUAUAUUUAUUUUUGUGUAAAUGCAAAAUGGCAGCAGCAAGUGUCGAUACACCUGUGCAAGAUGAAAUCAAAUUUUAUUUUUGUCACUCUUGUAGCCGUGAAAUGAGACCCAUAUUGCCAGACUACCUGUGCUCUGAAUGUUUUUCAAGUUUUAUAGAAGAAUUGGAAGACAGUGUAAUGGAAACCGACACACCAGAGUUGCAAGCAGAUUUGCUUGGACAAGCCAUGCUGACGGACAGAACACAUCCGAAUCAAUCCAGAACUCACAGAUGGAGAAGGCGCCGCAGGAGUCCAGCUUUCUAUUUGAACAUGUCACAACGUGGUCCAAUGCCUGUUGGUCCAGGCCAACCGUCUGUAUUUCAAUUUGAACAAGGGGCACCUGAUAUUGACACAUUUAUGCAUCAACUUUUCAGUAACUUGGGAGUUCAAGUGAUGGGUGGUGGCAUGCCUGGUGGAAUGAAUCUUGGCGGCUCUAUGGGUGAUUACGUGUGGGGUCCGAAUGGUUUAGAUAAUAUAAUAACGCAACUACUAAAUCAACUGGAUAGCACUGGACCUCCACCAGCUAAUAAAACGCAAAUCGAAUCUUUACCUAUCGAAACUAUAACACAAAAAGAAGUUGAUGAUAAAGUCGAAUGUGCCGUCUGCCGUGAAGAAUACGCGUUAUCUGAGCAAGUCAAGCGUCUUCCCUGCUUGCAUCUUUUUCAUCCGGGUUGUGUUGAUCCAUGGUUGGAAUUGCACGAUUCAUGUCCAGUUUGUCGUUGUAAUUUAAACGGUGAAAGACCAUCCUCUUCAGACAGCUAACACAUGAACGUGUCCAGUACUAUGCUUAUACUCGUCAGCCUGCGUGAAACACUGUACACCCGCGGUUAGCACUACUGCUUACGCCUUAUGUUCUUCAGGGUUUAUCUCAAAAUCAAGAUAGAUGUUUUUUAAAAUGAACUUGUAAAGAUUUUCUAAAUAAUUAUGAUGUACUUAUAAGUAAGUAGGUUACCAUUUUAAAAUUUGUAGAUGAAAAUUAGGAACACGUGGAUAGAAAGAAAUAUUUUGAUAACA